GCGGUGACUCGCGCUGCGACUCUCCCACUGACCGAGAGUCCCCGACGUCCUCCGCAUCCUCUCCUCACCGAGUCACCUGUCUCCAUGGAGGGUGCGGAGGCCGGGGCCCGGGCCACCUUCGGCGCCUGGGACUACGGCGUGUUCGCGACCAUGCUGCUGGUGUCCACGGGCAUCGGGCUAUGGGUCGGCCUGGCCCGCGGUGGCCAACGCAGUGCCGACGACUUCUUUACCGGGGGCCGGCAGUUGGCAGCCGUUCCUGUGGGGCUGUCGCUGGCCGCCAGUUUCAUGUCGGCUGUGCAGGUGCUCGGGGUCCCCGCCGAGGCAGCGCGCUACGGGCUCAAGUUCCUGUGGAUGUGCGCGGGUCAGUUGCUCAACUCGCUGCUCACAGCGUUUCUCUUCUUGCCGAUCUUCUACCGCCUGGGCCUUACCAGCACCUACCAGUACCUAGAGCUGCGCUUCAGCCGAGCGGUCCGGCUCUGCGGGACGCUGCAGUACUUGGUGGCCACGAUGCUGUAUACAGGCAUCGUGAUCUACGCGCCUGCGCUCAUCCUGAACCAAGUGACCGGGUUGGACAUCUGGGCAUCGCUCCUGUCCACAGGAAUCAUCUGCACCUUGUACACUACCGUGGGUGGUAUGAAGGCCGUGGUCUGGACAGAUGUGUUCCAGGUUGUGGUAAUGCUCGUUGGCUUCUGGGUGAUCCUGGCCCGAGGCGUCAUUCUCCUGGGGGGUCCCCGGAACAUGCUCAGCCUCGCUCAGAACCAUUCCCGGAUCAACCUGAUGGACUUUGACCCUGAUCCUCGGAGCCGGUACACCUUCUGGACUUUCAUAGUGGGUGGCACACUGGUGUGGCUCUCCAUGUACGGUGUGAACCAAGCCCAGGUACAGCGCUAUGUGGCCUGCCACACAGAGGGAAAGGCCAAACUGGCCCUGCUUGUCAACCAGCUGGGCCUCUUCCUGAUUGUGGCCAGUGCAGCUUGCUGUGGCAUUGUCAUGUUCGUCUACUACAAGGACUGUGACCCCCUCCUCACAGGCCGUAUCUCAGCCCCCGACCAGUACAUGCCGCUGCUUGUGUUGGACAUUUUUGAGGAUCUGCCCGGAGUCCCCGGGCUCUUCCUGGCCUGUGCCUACAGUGGCACCCUCAGCACUGCAUCCACCAGCAUCAACGCCAUGGCAGCUGUGACUGUGGAAGACCUCAUCAAGCCGAGGAUGCCUGGCCUGGCACCUCGGAAGUUGGUUUUCAUCUCUAAAGGGCUCUCAUUCAUCUACGGCUCUGCCUGCCUCACUGUGGCUGCUCUGUCCUCACUGCUGGGAGGUGGUGUCCUCCAGGGUUCCUUCACUGUGAUGGGUGUCAUCAGUGGGCCUCUACUAGGCGCCUUCACGCUUGGGAUGCUGCUCCCAGCCUGCAACACGCCAGGCGUUCUCUCCGGGUUGGCAGCAGGCUUGGCUGUAUCCCUGUGGGUGGCCGUAGGGGCCACACUGUAUCCCCCUGGAGAGCAGACCAUGGGGGUGCUGCCCACCUCGGCUGCAGGCUGCACCAACGAUUCGGUCCUCCUGGGCCCACCUGGAGCCACCAACGCUUCCAACGGGAUCCCCAGUUCUGGAAUGGACACGGGCCGCCCUGCCCUCGCUGAUACCUUUUACGCCAUCUCCUAUCUCUAUUACGGGGCUCUGGGCACGCUGACCACCAUGCUUUGCGGUGCUCUCAUCAGCUACCUUACUGGUCCCACCAAGCGCAGCUCCCUGGGUCCCGGAUUGCUGUGGUGGGACCUUGCUCGACAGACAGCGUCUGUGGCCCCAAAGGAAGACACUGCCACCCUGGAGGAGAGCCUGGUGAAGGGACCGGAAGACAUCCCUGCUGUGACCAAGAAGCCCCCUGGCCUCAAGCCAGGCGCCGAGACCCACCCCCUGUAUCUGGGGCACGAUGUGGAGACCAACCUCUGAGGGUGGGGUCCAAGAAGGCCAAUCACAGGCCUCGGGCCAGCAGCCUCCUCUCUGGAUGGUUGGACCUGAGCAUAUAUAGAAGCUUGGCUGAUACAUGCCCUGCCCAGAAGUCCCUGUGUCUUACCCGCACCAAAGAGAGAGAGAGAGCGAGAGAGAGAGAGAGAGAGACAGAGAGAGAGAGAGAGAGAGAGAGACAGAGAGAGAGAGAGAGAGAGAGAGAGAGAGAGAGAGGAGUUGGUUCUCCAUCCACAAAGGAAACCGUCUGGAACCUUCAUGCCCUUGUAGAUUUCAGUAGGCAGCGGAGAACACUCAGCUUCUCCAGACUGAGGUUUUCUCAUUUAUCAGGCAGAGAAACCGAGGGCUGUCACCCCAACACCGGGGAGGAGACAGUAGAAGGGUCAUAGAUACAAAGAAAACUAAGGCAGAGGGAGAAAUGAAUUGUCUACAGAGCACAGAGCUCCAAGGAUUGUGAAGCUACCUUGAGGUGCCAAGGGACGGAUUCUCAGAGCCUUCACAAGACACAAACGGACGAGUUGCCUCCUCCAGUUCAGAUGGUUUGCAGACUAUCAGAGAACAUGUUUCUCCUGUGAUCAGCUACCUAGCCUCUGCCAACGUGUUCCAGCUUCCAGGAGGCCACACAGACCCCACCCCCCAUGCUCUCACCCUUUACCCCUGUGCUUUUCACACACUAGGCAACUGCUCCACCACAGGACCUCACACCUAGACCUCCGUUUUUGACACAGGGCCUUAAGGUAGUCUGGCUGCCAUCUGACUAUCUCUCAGCACGUUCACGUGUAUAAUAUUUCAUUCUUUUUCAUUGCCAAGUUGUCUUGUAAGGAGAGACCACAAUGUGUCAUCCAUGCCCAGCUUUUGUGUCUAACAAAUAAAAUCGCUGAAGGUGUUCA